AUGGACUACUCGCAGGCUGCCUACUUCGCGGGCGCCCAGGCACCCUAUCACCAGUUCCCCAUCAACAUCCCCCCUCUGACGCCUUCACAUUCCAACUCGGCUGGCUCUGAGGACUUCAACACCACGUCGCCACCAGAUGCCUUCGACCACUACCCCAGCGAACAGUUCCAGAAUUUCGAUCAAUAUGCAGCCCAGUUCAACCCGCCGCCUGCAUUCCCCGGGCCUCCUACACCGCCGAAUCAACACCCUGUCGUUCACAAUGGCCAGUCCCACAAUCACCGGGGGAUAAAUGGCGCUGCCGCCGCUGCAGUCAAACCAUCACAGGCCGAUGCCCUGUCUCUGAGCACCAAGCCGGAGCCAGCCGCUGAUCUAGAUGCUGGCCGUCAAGGCUCGAACUCAGCAGAGGAAGAUGACCUCACGCCGGCCCAGUCACGGCGCAAAGCCCAAAACCGUGCUGCUCAGCGUGCCUUCAGGGAGCGGAAAGAGCGGCAUGUCAAGGACCUCGAGGCGAAGCUCGCCUCUCUGGAAGCUGCACAGCACGAGACCGCAUCCGAGAACGAGAAGCUGAAGCGGGACCUCCAAAAGAUGAGCACGGAGAACGAGAUUCUGAAAGCGACGUCCUCGCUUAACGGCGGCCACUCGCCUGGCCAUGGCAGCGCGUCGGUGACGACUGGACCUCUGCAGUACAACCCAACCGACUUCUACACGAAUGUCCUGUCUCAACACCCGAACAAGACACCCAGCCACCGAAUCGUCACCAGCGAUAGCGGCGAGCGGCUCUACGCGGCCGGCGCGACAUGGGACUACAUCAUCGGCCAUGAGUUGUACAAGCGGGGGCUGGUGGACAUCGCGGACAUCAGCAACCGGCUGAAGCAUCAGGCCAAGUGUGACGGGCAGGGGCCGGUGUUCGAGGAGAAGGCCAUCCUCGAGGCGAUCGAGGAGAGCGUUGCGUCCGGGAGCGACGAGCUGCUUUGA